UAAUUUACAUGAAGAAGAAGAAGAAAGUCGUACUUCCUGUUAGAUUACACGUAGCGUCCGUACUAUUAUAGAGCUUCAAGGUAGGAAAAUAGCAACAAACGACGACUUUUACUGAAUUAUUAUUUGAUACAUGUACGAUUGUCGGUCACUUGCGUUUAUAGACGUGUUUAUUAAUCUGGUGAUAAUGAAGCCACAGUGGCGCGUGGCGCUGUGUUUGGCCUCGUAUGUAGGCUAAGCUAUGAUAUCAAGCUAAUAUAGACAAGACUAGUUAGCAAAUAACAUUACUUUUGUUGUUUACAUAUUUGUUUCAAGAUGUAUACUUUAUUAUCUGGAUUAUAUAAGUACAUGUUUCAAAAGGACGAGUUCUGUGUUUUGAUCCUGGGACUGGACAACGCUGGGAAAACGACCUUUCUGGAACAAACCAAAACAAAGUUCAGUAAGAACUAUAAGGGAAUGAAUUUAUCAAAGAUCACAACCACGGUUGGCCUGAACAUUGGUACAAUUGAUGUGGGCAAGGCUCGUCUAAUGUUCUGGGAUCUGGGAGGUCAGGAGGAGCUACAGUCACUGUGGGACAAAUACUAUGCUGAGUCCCAUGGAGUCAUCUAUGUGAUAGAUUCAACUGAUGAAGAGCGCCUGUCAGAAUCAAAGGAGGCCUUCGAGAAAAUGAUCAGCAGUGAGGUGUUAGAAGGUGUCCCACUCCUCGUGCUGGCCAACAAGCAGGACGUACCGGACUGUUUGUCAGUGGCGGACAUUAAAACAGCCUUCAGUGACUCUGCCCCAAAGAUCGGCAAGAGGGAUUGUUUAGUCCAGCCUUGUACGGCCCUAACAGGGGAUGGAGUGAACGAAGGCAUUGAGUGGAUGGUGAAGUGUGUGGUCCGAAACAUUCACAGGCCACCCAGACAGAAGGACAUCACGUAAGAAGUCACCAGCAGUCAUCACGCUUAUGUUGGACUGUGAGUUUCUCCUGGAGGACAUUCCAUGUAAGCCCUGGAGUUGAUGACUCUCCUCUCUCCUCGUGUUUGCUGCGACAUUGAACAGUUUGGAUAUCCGUUUGUAGGAGUUCAUUACAGACAGUGUGACAGUAUUUUUAUCACCAAGCAUAAUUUCCAAUGUGCUUUGAAUGGACUCUGUUUCCCGUGUUCCACUUUUUGAAGCGGUGUUAUGAUUUCUUCUGCUUCAUGUGUGAACAGCAGUCUCUGGUGCUGGCUGGGCUCGCUGUGACUGUGUCUGCAUGGAGCUUCACUGACUGACAGCCCUGGAGCAUCACUUCUCACAUGACAUACAGUAUAUAUAUAUAUAGGGUGGCUCUCUAUUUCUUCACAGUAUCAGAUUUACUAAACAAUGUUUAGCACACAUUUUUUAAGUUGAAACUAAA